CAAUGGUUGUGAACAUUUCUACCUAGUGAUUUUGAUUGGGGUUUACUUGCCGAGUUGUGGAAUUACAGUGGGUCAGCAAGAGUGAGAACACCAGCGGAUCUAUUGUGGAGAAGUAAAUGACGUAGGUGCGUUCCUUGGACUAAAUUUCACUUCCUCCCCAAAAAGUUGUCAACUGACCUCUUGCUCGACACAAUACGUCUACGUUCCACCAUGAUUCUACAUUCCAAAGUAUUGAAACUAGCUGGAUGAUAUUAGCUGCGGGACAAAAUUUCACACUUCGUAUGUUUGCUUUACAAACAAGUAGUUGUGAACUUCGGGCCAGUCGUAAAACUGAAUGUCCAUUAUGGUUUGGUAGGUAAGAGCUGUGUGUGGUUAACACACUGUUACGGUUCGUGUACCUUGUUUAUAAACCCAUGCCGGUCUGGAAGUUUGACAUUUGAUGGAACUACAAACUGUGAAGAGCACGAUCAUAUUUAUUUUUUUCUCUCGCGAUUUCGUAAUGCUACACCUUGGAAUAAAUGAUGACUUGUGAAAUUAAUUUGCACAGAGGAGACCGCACCACCACAAGAACAAAGUCUGCGGAUAAUGCGCAUUCCAAUCCAUCGAUGUGUAAGACGAUCUUUGCGCAGAGUAUAAAUCGUGAUGGUUUAGCGUCGAAGUCUUCAUUGCCAGCUACCAACACGUAUUCUAAGAGUCUUGAAGGUGAACUUUAAUCAAUCAAAUUGAUAAAAUACUGACAUCGUAAGAUACUUUGUGAUAACCAGCAGGUAUUGAAAGAUACUCUGUGAAUCUGAUCUUGCAUAACACCAAGCAAAGCGGAACUCUCUAAUGACACGGGCUGCGUCCGCUUCCUGUGUUACUACAGUAUAUCCAUGUGCAGAGAACUACACUGCUUUUAUUAUCACCUAUGUUUGUUUCUACCUCUGAUGCAAGCUUCUGGUUUCAUACUACAGUAAACAUUCAAAAGCAUUUUACUUAUCGUUUUUUUGACAUUGGAUACAAUUGUGAUAGAGUCGUUGUACUUUUUGGUAAGUGCGGCUGGAGGACAGUACACGAGUGUAAAACUUGGGGGAGACAGACGGCGUGCGGGACACAAUGGGCUCGUCUGAGUUCAUUCUACAUGCCCUGAAGAGUGCUGGACCAAAGUUUAGAGAAUCUUUUGAACUACAGACCAUUCCUGAAGAUGAAGUAUGUCUGACAGAGUUAGAGAAACUCAAGAGUGUGGCAGCCAGAUUGAAUUUAGCCUCUACUCGGCCAUCCAUCGUGGAAUGGCGAGCUAACUUAGACAAGCCACCAUUUGCGUUCGUCAACAAGAGACCGAAGUUGUCGCUUACUCGAAAUGGUGAGGAUGAAGGGCUGGAAUACUUGGAGAGAACAGAUGAAGAAAGACGAGAACAUCUGCAACGAUCCAUUAAUUGGGUCAAAGACGAACUGGCAGAGAUGAAAUCCCAAGAUCAUGUCUUAGCCAUGAAACUAAUGCGCCUGCGUAGUGAGAUCCAGCAAUUACGUCUACAGACGAGUAUCAGCGAGCACAAGGAGUUGAUUGAGAAUGCUGCAUACAGCGUGGAGGAAGAGUACGAACAAAAGAGUGGAUUAUGUGAACUCCCAAUGAAUGGGGGACUUUUCCCAGGACUUGAUAACCCACUCAAAGAUUUUGGAGUGACGAGAAUGAACUUAAAUGCACGGAGGUUUUCCUUGAGAUAAAACAUGUGUUACUUCAUUAUCUUUUUCUAUAAAGGCACUGCACACUAGUGGUAAUUACUAAAAAUAAUUGUUAGCAUAUAACCUUACUUGGUAACGAGCAAUGGA